UGAAUGAGGAGUAUCGGUAAACUUCCCAAUGGCGAGUAUCUCUUAUCCAAUUGUGACGGAUUUGACCGUACACUUCUCAUCACAUUCUGUUUCAACAUGCGAACCGGACUCACGAACAUGGCACCGCAUAGAAAAAGAUCUCUAUUUGCAUACAUCUGACCAGAGAGCAUGGGUGUAUAUCGCACUGGCAAAUGAACAAGAGCUUGCAGCCAAAGACCUCCUGGUUAUGGAUAUUAUAGUCGGUGACCCGCCCCAAAAUUCAAAGUCAUCAUGGGAGAGGCGACCUGGCGGAAUAUGGGUGCGUAGGGGGGAGUUCAAUGGCAAGAUUGACGAUUUUGUCACAGAGGUCGACGUACUUUUUGGAAUGGAUGCCGUCGACCCGCGGCCAGAAUGGGCUCUUAUCCGAUCACCAAUUCAACUCAAAUGUCAGGCAGACAUAUCCGUUGCGAGGCUUAGCAUACUCCACGGUAGGGCCAAGUUGCGACCUCGGGCGACUCUAAGAGUCAGGGAUGAUGGCAAAUUCAGAAUCGUUCAGAUCUCUGACACGCACAUGGUCACUGAUGUUGGGCUAUGUAAAGAUGCUAUUGAUGCGCAUGGUAAUCAUCUACCAUGGACUGAGGCUGAUCCACUUACGGUUAAGUUCAUUGGAGAGAUUUUGGAUAUCGAGAAACCAGACCUCGUGGUUCUGACUGGAGAUCAGUUGCACCACGAUAUUUGCGACAGUCAAUCUGCCCUUUUCAAGGUGGUUGCGCCUAUUAUCGAGCGUUCAAUUCCGUUUGCAGCCGUUUUUGGAAAUUACGAUAGUGAGGGAACCCACGCAUUAACGUUGGGCUCCACAUCUCCGACCCCCCUAAAGUCCGGCCCCCUUGAAAAAUGUAACGACGAAAUACCCCUUUUAUAAACCGAUUUAAAUCUUCUAAACAGUCCCUAUUAUUUUCCUGUGCUUCAUAAACGUUUUUUUUGCUGACCAAAAGCUCGUUGGGAUCCGGAAUCACCCUUUUCCUUUUGACCGGCCGUACCGCC